AGGUGCUGUAUGCACUGUCGAUGGAAGGUUUUUCUGGUUUAUUUAGAUGCGUACCUGUCCGCAGGAUGGAUUUCUUAUUUAAAGCUGUCCUGUCUGGCACCAUCACACAUGCAGCUUGCCAAGGGGAGGAUUAUGGUCGGCUCAAACGUGCCAGCACAGACAAGCUGCACACAAUUUUUCUGCAGUAUGCAUCAGUGGAGAAGGAUGGCGAAAAGUACAUGACCCCAACAGAUUUCAUCCGCAACUUCUUGGGCUGGUUCACGGACAACAACUAUAACUCCACAUCCGUUAAGCUCUUGGGAGGCAUCAUUGACACCAGCAAGGAUGGGCUCAUCUCGUUUCCAGAGUUCCAGGCGUUUGAAGGCCAGCUGUGCGCGCCGGACGCGCUCUACCAUAUGGCCUUCCAGCUGUUCGACACCCACGGCUCGGGUGCCGUCUCGUACGACGAGUUCAAGGACCUGAUCACGCACACGGCGCUGCACCAGCGCGUCAAGUUCGACCUGGACAGCGACUUCGUCAAGCUGUACUUUGGCCGCGAGCGCAACCGGCUGAUCCCCUAUCACGAGUUCAGCCAGUUCCUGCACGACUUUCACGAAGAGCACGCCGUUCAGGCGUUCAAGCGAUACGAUAAGGAGGGCACCGGCUUCAUCACGCCCGUCGGCUUCAACGACAUCAUGAUGACUGUCAAGUCCCACCUGCUGACCCCGCAGGUCAAAGACAAUCUGGUGGCGAUUGCCGGCGGCCAGAGCGUCAGCUUCCCCUUCUUCAUGGCCUUCAACUCGCUGCUGAACAACAUGGAACUGGUGAAGCGGAUAUAUCUGCUGUCCUCUAACGGUAGCCGGACGGCCGAAGUCACCAAAGAGGAGUUCCUGCAGUCGGCGCAGAUGAUGUCCCAGAUCACGCCGCUGGAGGUAGACAUUCUGUUCAAGCUGUCUGGCCUCAUUCAGCAAAGCAACCGCCUGGUGUACGCCGACCUGCAGGUGAUGGCGCCAGAACAGUACAUGAAGCAGGUCACGAAGAAGUAUACCGACAUCAAGGCUGUGGAGUCGCCAGAGCAGCGCGGAGCCCUGGUCCAGGUACUGGAGAGCGUCUACCGGUUCUCUCUGGGCGCCGUGGCUGGAGCGGUGGGAGCCACGGCGGUGUAUCCCAUUGACUUAGUUAAGACGCGCAUGCAGAACCAGCGCACCGGCUCCUUCAUCGGCGAACUCAUGUACAAAAACUCGUUUGACUGCUUCAAGAAGGUGGUGCGGUUCGAAGGAGUGCUCGGUCUGUACCGCGGCCUCAUACCGCAGCUGGUGGGCGUGGCGCCCGAGAAGGCCAUCAAGCUCACCGUCAACGAUCUGGUGCGCGACAAGCUGACCUCCAAGCAGGGCACCAUCCCGGCCUGGGGCGAGGUCAUGGCCGGCGCCUGCGCGGGUGGUAGUCAGGUGGUGUUCACCAACCCGCUGGAGAUAGUCAAGAUCCGGCUGCAGGUGGCGGGCGAGAUCGCCGGCAGCCGCAACAUCAGCGCCAUCUCCGUCGUCAAGGACCUCGGCUUCAUGGGACUGUACAAGGGGGCGCGCGCCUGUUUUCUGCGCGACAUCCCGUUCAGCGCCAUCUACUUCCCGGUGUACGCGCACAGCAAACUGCUGUUGGCCGACGAGAACGGCUACAACGCGCCCCACACACUGCUGGUGGCCGGCGCCAUGGGCGGCGUGCCGGCAGCCUCGCUCACCACGCCCGCUGACGUCAUCAAGACCCGGCUCCAGGUGGCCGCCCGCGCCGGCCAGACCACCUACUCGGGCGUGCUGGACGCCGCGCGCAAGAUCUUCCGCGAGGAGGGCAUGAAGGCUUUCUGGAAAGGCGCCCCAGCGCGCGUGUUCCGCUCGUCGCCCCAGUUUGGCGUCACGCUCCUCACGUACGAGCUGCUGCAGCGCGUCUUCUACGUCGACUUCGGCGGAGUUCGGCCGUCGGGCUCUGAGACGUCGGCGCCACUCUCGCUGGCCGGGGCCGCCAAGCAGGAGAACCCGCACCACAUCGGCGGCUUCAAGGUGGCCGUGCCCAUCUUGGAGGGACUCGAGACCAAGUUCGGGCUGGCGUUUCCGCGCCACGCGUCCGCCGCCCAGGCUGCCUCGUAGCGACGCCGCUCGCGGCCGCCUCACUAGUACAUUGUUAACGGUUUAGCGUUGUGGGAAGGCGCGGUUGUGCGCGGCGUCCGGGAUUGGGAGCGACUGUGGCCUGUUGGUGCUGUUUUGAAGGUUUUUACACCCCGUACUGAGUGGUGGGCGAGGAGCCGGCGGGUGGCGCCGACCCCCGCGCUGUCUUGCCCGGCUGCCACCGGCAUGUCCAUGGGGGGGGGGGGGGGGUGGAGGGGCCGCCGGCGGAGGUCACUCAGGGUCGACGCCGCCGGGUCAGCCGAUACUCGACUGGCCGGAGCGUGCUCUCCUUCACCAUGGCGGGCCCUCUCAGACGACCGAUGGUGAGGUGUGUUACGCAGUCAGGUGUCCCAGACAAUAAGAGCUGAGUGGGAGCACGCCGUGGCUUUCUGCGCAAAGCGGGCCGCUGCAGUCUCCCCUUGGAAUGGGGUGUCCAGUUCUGGGCAGCUUUUGCUCACGCUCAAUCACGCUUCUCUUGUGAUUCCGGGAGAUAAAGUCAGAUAAGCUUGUGCAGAAUUAUGUGAUCGCGUUCGAUUUGGAUCGGGUAGAUAAAGGCAAUAUUGUUCACACAUCGGCUGGUGCUUUUGCUCCACUUCGCGGUUACUUCAGAUCUUUUCCCACAGGAAUUGUUGGGCUUCCUGUGUGAUGCAUCUGUUCCGGAAAGUUUUUUUCAGUUGUCACGAAAAGUGGCCCGGUUUUACCUUCUCCUAGACCUUUUUUCUGAUGCUGUUCCUACCAUUGCGAUUUGUUUCCCGUUGUGUCCAAGGCCGUACCUACCAUGUACUUGUUACCAGAAGUCGCCCCAUGCGUCCUUUCGAUCCAUUUCUGUGUGCUUUACGAUUUUAUCAGGGGCUGUGCGAUCGGCAGAGUACGACCCGGCGCCGUAGGUGUUUCGCCGGCCAAGGACCCGCGAUGUGUUGUUGGCCGCUGGACGGCACCGUUGCUAUGGAUUUGUACCGCUGUAAAUAAACCCCAUCCUCGCACAGA